AUGUCUUCUCUCUGCACAUUACAGGCAUCCAGAGUAACCCAGAUGUUGAACAUCAGCGAGGUUCAGUUGCCUUUGCAGCUUCCUACAUCCUCCAGAUCCUCAGACAGGCUUCUGCAGCCUCUAUGGGACUAUUUCAUUUUCAACCACUACUCCCUCAUCUCCUCUCCCUUCUUUCCUGUCAUACUCUGCUUCUCCAGUUACUUCUUCUCCAGUCGCCUUAUACUAGACCUCCUGGGAGAUACGGUCCACUCCAUUCACCACUACAAGAUCCAGCAAGAGAGACGUCCAACCAUGAGGAUGAUGUCAAAGAGUAUCGGAAGGGCUGUGUAUAACCACUUUGUUCUGCCUGCUGUGCUGAUUCAAACUUGCUUUAUGCCUUCAGUGGUGCUGCCUACCAGUGCUCCAACUGUGGUAGAGGUGCUCAUUGAUGGACUUGCUGCCCUUCUUUUUGACACGCAGUACUAUAUGUGGCACUUUGUGCACCACAAGCAUCCACAACUGUAUCGGUGGGUUCAUGCCAUCCACCACGAAUACAUGGCAGCCUUCUCCUGGAACACCCAGCAACUCAGCAUUCCAGAACUGAUAACAGUGGGAUUCUGGAGCAACCUGGACCCCAUCCUGCUGAAAUGCCACCCUUUUACUACCUGGUGCGUCACCAUCUUCAGUAUCUGGAUGUCAGUGGAGGACCACAUAGGCCAGGGUUCUUCAAUUCCGGGGUCAAGUUGA